AUGCGCCUGCUCCUCGCCGUCACCGCGCCGAUCGUGGCCCACGCCUGCACCAUCCUUGGCGCCGGCGCCAAGGCCACGGCCGACGGCUCAACGAUCCUCGCCCACACGAACGACGCAGGCAGCAACCCGAACGACCUCCGGCUCGUGCCGGCCGUGUACGAGGUGCUGCGCAAUGGCACACCGCGCUUCACGUCCGAGAGCCGGGGUCCUGGCUACGCAGUCCAGCCCAAUCAGACGCUCUCGACGCCGCUCGGGCACAUUCCGCAAGUGCCAUCCACCUACGCGUACUGGGACCACGACUAUGCAAUGCAGAACGAAGUCCAGCUUAGCAUCUCCGAGUCGACGUGCGCGUGCAAGACGGCGGGGUGGCCGUCGUCGCUGCCGUACGGCCACAACCUCUUUAGCAUCGACGAGCUCUCCAAGGUUGCACUCGAGCGCUGCGACACGGCGGUCUGUGCGAUCCAGACGAUGGGCAAGCUCGCCGAAGAGCAUGGCUUCUAUGGCGAGUACAGCAACGACCCUGCGGUGCCCGAGUACGGCGGCAGCUGCGAAGCCCUCGGCAUUGCCGACAAGUCGGGCGCGCUCUGGAUCUUCCACGUGCUCACGGGUCGCGGCAACAGCAGCGCGAUCUGGGCCGCUAAGCGCGUCGAGGACACGGACGUUGUCGCAGUGCCCAACACGUUUGUCAUUCGUGAGCUCAACUUGUCCGACCCGACGCGGUUCUUGGCGUCCUCCAACGUGGCCGACUUGGCCUACGACAUGGGCUGGGCGGCGCGCGGUGACGCCUUUGACUUUACGGCCGCGUACGGCUACGUCGCGCCGGGGUCGGCCAAGCCGCUUUACGGCGGUCGGCGUCUCUGGCGCAUCUACGAUCUUGUCGCGCCGUCCUUGCAGCUCGAUGCGACGCUUGGGUUCCACGCGCGCGUCCCGACGUACCCGUUCUCGGUGGUGCCCGAUACGCCCGGCACGCCGUUCGACUUGACGAAAGGUGUCGCGGCCGGUCCAUUUGGCGACCCGGUGCGCUAUGCGACCGCGAAAGGCAAUUUGACCUCGGGCAACUGGGAGCGCGCCAUCUCGAUGCACCGGACCACCCACAGCUUUGUCCUGCAGACGCGCCGCUUGCCCAACCUGAGCGACGGCGUCGCCGGGCUCGCUUGGUACGCCCACGGUGAGCCCGCGAACGCAGUCUACUUUCCGAUCGCGUGUGGCCAAAGCGAGCUGCCCGCUGCGUUUACCCGCGGCCAGCGCGGUACGUUCGACUCGGAGUCGGCGUGGUGGGCCUUUCACUUUGUCUCCAACUGGGCCCAUUUGCGCUACGAUCGCAUCCACCGAAGCAUCGUCAUCGAGCGCAACGCGCUGCAGAUGGUGGCGCGCGUGCUCCAGCUCCAAGUCGACGCGAGCUGCGACGGCAAGAAAGCGGCCGACGACUGCGCGGCCAUUGUCUUCAACGAUUUCAUGACGCAAGGCGUCGCACGCUGGUGGGCCUUUGCGUGGAAACUCGUGAGCCGCUUCAACGACGGCUACAUCAUCGUCGGCAACACCAUGGGCAGCGUGCACGUCGCCGGGUACCCCGAGGCGUGGCUCGCGACCACCGACUUCGCGACGUACCCGCAACGGUAUGCGCCACCGGCCGGCGUCGCCGCGCAAGAAGCCGCGGCCGCCGCUGUGUACGGAGACGGCCGCGUCUCGCCCAUCAUUGUGGCCUCGGUGGCCGCCGAGUCGGCGUCGACGUGGCAGGCGCUCCCACCUGGGUUCUUAAUCGGCUUUGGUGUCGGCCUCGGGCUCGCAAUCGUCGUCGGUACCGUCGUCGCCAUGGCUUUGUCCAAGCGCCACGCCAAGACGGCAUCCAGUGCCACCACCACGGUAGCAGCCGCCUCUGCCACCGUGUAGCCAUAUAGCGUUCAAGAUAGAGAAGUUGCAUUGGUGUACU